GCGAGCAAUAAUAUAUGCAACGGAACUUGAAAGAACUGGUUGCGAUGGACCUGCACGUUCACAAGGACGACGGCGGCGGCAACAUGGAGAAGGAGGACAAGGAUGCGGUGCUCCCGGCGUUCUUGAGUAAGACAUACGAGAUCUUCUCCACCCCCAGCUUCGCGUCAAUCUGCGGAUGGAACGCUACCGGGGACACGAUCAUCAUCCACGACCCCGACGUCUUUGUCAAGCAGGUGCUGCCCCGUUUCUUCAAGCACCGCAACUUGCCGUCGUUCGUGCGGCAGCUCAACAUGUAUGGUUUCCACAAGAGCGUGUUGGACUCGAACAAGCGCGAAUUCCGCCACAAGAUGUUUCUACGCGACAAGCCCGAGAUGUUGCGUUUGAUCAAGCGCAAGGUGAACACGGCGCCGGCGUCGGCGGCGGCGCCCGCGGGGGCUGCCGCGAUGGAGCUGAAGCGUGACGAGUUAAGCCACGAGAUCUUGCACGAGAUGCGCAGCCUCAAGAUGAAGAACGAGUUGAUGGAGAAACGUCUGCGCGACGUUGAAAUCGACAACGCGAUCGUGCGCAGCGACAAUCUGAAGCUAUGGAAGCAACUCGAAAGCGCCAAGGAAAAGCAAAUGGUCAUGCAGGAGAAGAUGAAGAAGAUCCUGUGGGUAUUGUUCCAGAUCUACCGCGGCAAGCACAACCAAGUGCCGACGCUGUCCACGGACAACAACGGCGCGACGAUCCUCACGGAAGAGUUGGUCUCUGGCUCGAGUCGGCUAGGGCCCAAGGAAUUCCGUGACGUGCUUCGAUUCCUGGCCAUGGACGACCCGCCGCUUCUGCAAGCCGCGGCGGACGGAUCAACAUCCGCCGCCGACAAGCUCCAACUGCCGAAAAGUGCGAUGAAAAAGCGAAAAUUCGUCGAAGUGCCGACAAUCAGUGCGCUGCCGGCACCCGGGACACCCGUGAUGAACCAUCUUCAAAGCCAGUUGCAGCAUCACGCGUUCCCUUCGUCAGCCUCCAUGAAUAACUUGCACGAUCAUUUCUUUGAAAUCGUGGAAACAUCUCCACCGCGAAUGCCUCAAGCGCAGAAAGCGAUCAAACCGAAGAAACUACCCAAGACAAGCAUGUUAGCCGAGCCCACUAAGGCUACACAUGGGGGAAGCGCGUUGAGUAUCUUUUCGCCACUCGGGACCAUACCCUCCAAUACCGCCGCCGCGAUGCCGCCGCAAAAGAUAAUGUCGCCGCCACCGUCGCCGCUGUCGCUGGAGAAAUCGCACAGCUUUGAUGGCACCCAUGAUGGAAGCAUCCUGCACACAGAUCUCAUCGACGACGACCUGCUCUUGCAUGACGACUCGCUCAACUUUGGCGAAGUCGAGUCCGAGAACGUGAUGCGGAAACUGGAGGAUUUUGAGUCGUCCCUGCUGAAUGAGUACGAUGUCACGUGCCUGGACAGCUUGCUCAAGCAGAUCCACCAGCAGCCGACACCCAACGACCACCCAUCGUCGCCGCCCUCGACAUCCACCUCCAAAUUAUUGUAGGCGCCGCCAAACCUGGUGCAAAUAGAUAUAUCUAAGUGACCCCUAAUUAACCAAAACAUGCAAUUACAGCA